UGGGCGGCGGGCGGCGGGCGGCGGGCUGUACGGCCGGAUCGAUCGUACUCCACCUGCCACGUUGGGCGGCGCCCGGCCAUGCCAGCCAACUGCUGCUGUUGGCAGAGAGCAGUGAGUGGCGACGUGGCGGAUUGCGAGCUUUGUGGUGGCGACGGCUUGGGUCCAGUGACCCGGUGACCCGGCGACAGGGGCGUCUUGGCGGCAUCGGAAGCAGCACGACGUCACAUCACAGAAGGCGAGCGCACGAUCCUCUGCUGCGCCGCAUGCGGCGUGCUCGGCCAGCAGUGAAUUGCUAGAAGAUACCAGGCCAUGUAUAGUGUACUUGUGGCACGCAGACGCAACCGCGGCGGCGGCGUGCAUGCCGCCGCGUCCCUUGACCGGGGCGCGGGCGAGAGAGCAUGAUCGGGCGUACUGGAGGCGGCACAUGUGUCGAGGGGCGAGAGAACUAGAGAACAAGGCAAUGACAACUGCAGAGCGGAUAAUUGAUAAUCAGCCUCAGAUUCAUCGUGCCCUUGUUCGGCGCCCUGCGGCCAGCGGCCAGCCGCCAGCGGCCAGCCGCCAGCGGCCAGCGGCCUCGACGGAGCGGAGGCGGAGAGUGCGGAGAGGCUAUUCGGCGGGCUUGGAUGCGAGGCACACCCACGCUGGUGGAUUGAAGCUUAGAACGCCGCCUGCAUCAUGUCGGGCCAACUUUGACGGCCUCACCUCGGAGGCCCGGAGGAGAGGACCAAGAGCCGAGUCGGAUCGGGCGUACUCGUCAUUCUGGUAUGCAAUAUAUGCAACGCAGUGCGAGCGCCAAUACGCCAAGUGCGCCAGUGCACGCCAUGUUAGUGAGUGCUUGUGCGUGUGGCCAUAUGGGACAUGGAUGGAUAGUAGAGCGCUACGAGCGCUAGAGCGAGCGUUGCUGGCGCUGGAGUAGGACUGGUACUGGAACAGGGGGGGUGUGCGUAUGCCUCGAUGCCUCGUUGCCUCGAUGCCUCGAUGCCUCCCAGCUAUUCCGGAGAAUAGAGCGUGUCAUUAGAAAGACAAGUGUACCCGCACAAAGUAGUGGCUUCCCUGAGAUAAAGUAGAGCCUAC